GAUCCAACGCCGACGUAAGGUCGCUGUGAGCCUGUUCAACAAUCCAUACAUGCACGAGAACACUGGUGACUUGUAUAUAAUCUAGAUCUAACAUUGGAACUCUAUCAUUCAUUGCUUGAUCACACAAGUGAGACAAUCAAUUUAAUUAAAAUGUUCGCUAAGGUAGUAGCUCUGUGCGGUUUAGUGGCGGUGUGCCAGGCUGGUCUCCUGCCCGCCCCUGUGCAUUACUCUUCUGCUGCCGCUGUCUCCUCUCAGAACAUUGUGCGUCACGACCAGUCUGCCCAACGCGUCGCCGUCGCGGCCCCAGUUGCUUACCACGCUGCCCCCGCUGCCGUCACCUACCAAGCCGCCCCUGUUCAGUACUCCUCAGCUGCUGCCGUCUCUUCCCAAAACAUCGUGCGUCAUGACCAGCCAGCCCAACGCGUAGCCGUCGCUGCCCCCGCUGUGGCCUACCACGCCGCCCCUGCCGUCGCCUACCACGCCGCCCCCGCUGUGGCCUACCACGCUGCUCCCGCCCCUGUUGCCUACCACGCCGCCCCCGUCGUAGCCCGCGCUGAAGAGUUCGACGCUCACCCCAAAUACGAGUACAACUACUCCGUAGCUGACAGCCACACCGGUGACAACAAGUCCCAGCAGGAGUCCCGCGACGGUGAUGUCGUGAAGGGCUCGUACUCCUUCCACGAAGCCGACGGCUCCGUCAGGACUGUGGAGUACUCCGCCGACGACCACAGCGGCUUCAACGCCGUGGUACACAACACCGCCCCCACUGCCGCUCCCGUGCACGUUGCUCCCGCUCAGUACUACCACCACUAAAUUACCAUCACUAGUCAUAUUCUGCGAUCACCAAAACUAUGUUGAUUAUUUAUUGCAAUAUACGAAUAAGUUCGACUGAAA